CCUCUCAAAACCAUGACUAAAAUAACCUUGAAUCUAAAGCCAGAAUAUUAUAAGCACAAUUUUUAAAAAGUGUAUUUUUUUCUUUACGUCGUUGUUCCGUUUCCGUUGACGUUUCUUUCUUUCAGGUAAAACCUCCGAAAAUGAAGGCAAAAGGAGAGUUGAAGGAAUAUGAAGUCAUUGGGCGCAAGCUCCCAUCGGAGAGUGAGCCAAAGCCUCCACUCUACAAAAUGAGAAUCUUUUCACCAGACCCUAUCGUAGCCAAGUCCCGUUUCUGGUAUUUCUUGAGACAACUGAAAAAGUUCAAGAAGACCACGGGUGAAAUUGUUUCUAUUAAGGAAAUCCCAGAAAAAAGUCCAGUCAAGAUCAAGAAUUUCGGCAUCUGGCUGCGAUAUGAAUCCCGAUCAGGUGUACACAACAUGUACCGCGAAUACCGUGACCUGAGUGUCGGCGGCGCCGUCACGCAGUGCUACCGCGACAUGGGAGCUCGGCAUCGUGCGCGGGCGCACUCCAUACAGAUCAUCAAAGUGGAAGUAAUAAAGGCAUCAGCGUGCCGGCGACCACAAGUGAAACAGUUCCACAACAGCACCAUCAGAUUCCCAUUGCCAAAACGUGUACACCACCACAAACGUCUCAACACAUUCGCUUACAAGAGACCCAGUACAUAUUUCUUGUAAUUUUUAUUAUAUGAGACAAAACAAUAAAAUCCAUGUAAUGUGGAAUCAUUUAUAA